CGCUUGCCUCACCGUCCUCCGCAUCUGCCUCAUUUCGCCCCCCCCCUUGCCAGCCAACACUUUCAGCUAAUCUGCCCAAGAUGAGCUACCAGAACACAUACAAUCCCUUUCUCCAGUCCCAAGUCCCGCCGCAGCCCUUCCAGCAACAACAGCCCUUCCAACAACAAUCCUUCCAGCAACAACAGCCUUUCCAGCAACAAUCCUUCCAGCAGCAGCAACACCAGCUCUCCCCCGCCCUGGAUCCGCAGUACCAGGCAUUCCAGCAACUCGCGGCCAACCAAGCCCAGCCAAUGCUGCUCCAACAGCAGUUUGCUCCCCAGCCGUCGCCCCAAGCCCAGUCCGUGUCCGCGUUGUCCUUCCAGAGUCAGGCCGUUCAGCCUCUCGCAGCGCCGCAGGGGCUCGGCCAGCCUCUUCAGCAGCCGCUUUCCACCAGCCCAAGUUUCCAGAAUAAUCCGUUUUUGACCCAGCCUGGGUCCAUUGCCGUUGCUGGUGCGCCAGCCGUAUAUGCUGCCUCGUCGAAUCCCCAGGCGUUCUUUGCUCAAGCUCCAGCCGCCUUGCCCAACCAGUUCGUCCAGCCCGCCAAGUAUAAUCAAGAUCUGCUUUCAGAGUUCGACCCCUAUGCAAACCUUGGCUCGCUAGGCGCCCCUGCAUUCUCGGCCGGAGUGCAGGCCCCCAUCCAGCAGGUGCCCGCCCAGCUUCCGCAGCAGCAACUGGCUGCCCCAUCGACCUUUGGGCUCUACGGUAGCCCACCCAAGCCUGAUGUCAACCUGGUUGGCGUUCUGCCGCUCGGAGUGGCCCACGGCGCCGUGCCUCAGGCUGGCUCGAUCGCAGCUGCCCCUCUCGCCAGCACCAUCCCUUCCUUGAACAGACUAAAAUCCCAAGAAGACAUUGAUCGCGAGUACGCCUGCAAGAUUGCCAUGGAGGAUCUUGACUCGGCCAAGCGGCUCGAGGCACUCAAGAAGACGGGAAAGCUGCCUGAGCUGCCGGACACUAGCCACGACGAGGAACUUGCCCGUCAGCUUGCUCACGAGAGCUCGCCGCCUUCAACAUUGGCGUCAUCCACAACGAUGCUGUACAAGGCGGAUACGUCCCGCGAUGAAGAACUGGCUCGCAAACUGCAGGAUGACGAGAAAAUGAUGAGCCGUGGCUCGGCGAGCCGCGGAUAUACCGGCAACGAGGAGAUGCUGCACAGCUCACGAGCUAGCAGCGGCAUCAAGCUCCCGUGGUCCAAGAAGAAUACGACUCGCCGACACUAGCGAGCGACUGGGCGAACGAGAGCUUUGCUUUGCCUCUUGGAUGUGGGCAUCAGGGAACAUGGAGCAGCGAUCCGGGUUCAGUCGGACACACCCGCCCUUCCUCCGAGAUCAUCCACAUGCAAUGUAUGUGGUGAGGUUGCCUGGAUACUCCUUCAACACGCUGCAUUCCUUCUGUCACGGUUACAAA